AUGCCACCGACACCGUAUACAUCCCAAACCACCGUCGAAGAGGCCUGCACUGCGCUCGCGGAGCAUAUCUGCGGGAAAAGAGUCCUCAUAACCGGGCCCACGCCCACCUCCAUCGGCGGCGCGACAGCCCUCGCUCUCGCCAUGCUGCCGGCCACGCACCACCCCUCCCUCCUUUUCCUGGCUGGCAGGACCCCUGCCACAUUGGAGACAAUCACCGCAAGCAUCGCCGAGAGAGCACCCUCCCUCCGGGUCAGACCUGUGGUCCUGGAUCUUGCGAGCCAGAAGAGUGUGCGUCGCGCGGCUGAGGAGGUCCUGGCAGACACUGGUGGCGUGGAUGUCAUCAUCAAUAAUGCGGGGGUGAUGGCCUGUCCGUAUGCCACGACGGAGGAAGGGGUGGAGUUGCAGUUCGGGACGAAUCAUGUGGGGCAUUUAUUGCUCACGAAUCUGCUGAUUCGGGAGAUGCUGGAGCGGAACGGUAACAGGGGGAAGGAUGGGGAGGUGGUUAGGGUGGUUAAUGUGAGUAGUGCGGGGCAUAAGAGGGGGGAGGUGAGGUUUGGGGAUGUUGGGUUUGAGGAUGGAAGCGUUUACGACAAGUGGCAGGCUUAUGGGCAGAGUAAGACGGCGAAUAUGCUGUUCUCCGUGGCUCUGGCGGGGAAACUCGGAGGUCGUGGGGUGAUUUCGGUUAGUCUCUACCCUGGUAGGGUUCUGUCGGGCAUUGCGAGGCAUUUGGUGUUGGAGGAAUUUGUGAAGGCUGGAUGGAAGACCGAGGAUGGAAAGGUCGUUGAUGACACGAAGUUGAAUUGGAGAUCAUUGAGCCAGGCAGCCGCGACGUUGAUUGUGGCCGGGUUUGAGCCGAGUAUUGCUGAGAGCAAUGGGUCGUACCUGGUCAAUAACCAGAUUGCUGAUGACCAGGCUGCUGCGUAUGCUCUAAGUCGAGACAACGCGGAGAAGCUGUGGGCUCUCACGGAGGAACUGGUCGGGGAGAAGUUCGACCUUUGAGCUGUAAAUUUGAUCUCAAUGUGCCGAUCAAGCAAGUCUGUUGUUUGCCACUGUCAUGUUUGCUCGAUCUUACCGGACUGAGCAUAUCUGCCGUGCAGCUAAAGAGGUUGCUGCGGCCAGAAUAGCAGUCCCCAGCCCCAGGCCCGCACAUCCGGCGUGGCACUGGUUGAUACGAGUAGUAAAGUAGUGGCACAGAUUCUCAGCCUUCUUCAGCCGCUGUGGCAAGGUGGUCGAUGCUUCAAACUGCCCGGAUCGCUUGAGCGUCUGGAAAAUCUCGGUUAGGGACGCAUAGACGGCUACCAUACCAAGCCAAUACAGCAGCACAAGCGGUAUGAUCGAAGGAUUUGAGAACGCCAAUAUAUCUCCAGAUGCAGAAGCUCUUGCCGCCACGACUGAUGCUCGAGACACAUACGGUGGGCCUUCGUUCUCCAACUCCAGCCCUCGGUACUAAUCGAGCAUUUGUCCUUCGUGGAACAAUGCAUUUCGCAUCAGACGG